ACAGUGCUGCUCGCAUUACAGCGACUAAUUUACGACAACGGCUCCGUUUACGGCUCACGUGUAUACAGUCCCCUGCAUUCCGUCGGCGUGUACUCCACCAUGGCUAAAGCUUCGAAGAAGAAAGUGAGUAAAGCCGUUGUCAAGGCAAUGGAUACAACUGCAGCGGUAACGCCAGAUGUGGUUUACGAUGAAGAAGACGAGGAGGAUUUAAGUAAAGCGGAUGAAGUCAUUACUAGUGAGGAUGAGGACGGCGAAGAUGAACGAAGACGGCAAAAGCUGCUGGAAGCCAUCAGCGCUCUCGGCGGUAAGAGGAAGAAAACGCUGGGAGAGAGAUCCGAACCGUCCGUCCAGAUGUCCGAGUUUACCGUCAAUGCGGACGGGGAGGGCGACAAGAUCGACCUGUCGGACCUCAUCGGGACAGUAGAGAGAACCUCCGCCGUCCCGGCCACGACCAAAAAGCAGCUGAAGAACCUGCAGAGGAGCACAAAGCCCAUCGCGUGCCCUCUCAGCAAACAGGAGAGCCAGAGGAUCCAGAGGGAUGUCGCCUUCCAGAAGGCCGCCACAGAGGUGACCCGCUGGAAGAGCAUCAUCAAACAGAACCAGAGGGCGGAGCAGCUGGUCUUCCCCCUGAACCAGGAGCCCAUAGGCCCUAAACCCAUGGAGAGGGUGGUGAGCGGCUGGAAGGCGCAGACACCCCUGGAGCAGGAGAUCUUCGCAGUCCUGUCUGCCAACAAGCAGCCCAUCAACGACCCCAUCUUGACCCCUACCGAAGAGGCUUCAAUGAGGGCGAUGAGCCUGGAGGAGGCCAAGAUCCGGCGCGCAGAGCUGCAGAAAGCCCGGGCCCUGCAGUCCUACUACGAGGCCAAGGCACGGAGAGAGAAGAAGAUAAAGAGCAAAACAUACCACAAAGUCCAAAACAAGGCAAAGCGUAAAGAGUUCCUGAAGCAGUUUGAUGAGAUGGUGGUGGCUGACCCCGCCUCGGCCUUAGAGGAGUUGAAUAAGAUUGAGAUGUCCAGGAUGCAGGAGAGAAUGUCCCUGAAGCACCAGAACAGCGGCAAAUGGGCCAAGUCCAAGGCAAUCAUGGCCAAAUAUGACGAUGGAGCUCGCAAAGCCAUGCAGCAGCAGCUGGAGGUAAACAAGACGCUGACCCAGAAGCUUGUGAGCUCACUGAACGAAGAAGAAGAGGAGGAGGAGAAGGAUGAAGCCGAUGCAGAGGUGCUACCCGAACUGGUAAAUGAUGCAGAGCAAGUAUUGAAUUCUUUAAAUCCCUGGAUGAGAGGGAAGCUGUCUGAAGAGCAUAAAGAAAAAGAGAUUAGUAAUACUGUGGAUCUCACAGCAGAGGGUCCUGGAAAUACAGUAGAAGAGGAUGAGGAUGAGGAGGAAGUUGAGGAAACUGAAGAGGAAAAGCUUCUCCGAGAGUUUGAGAGCAGGAGGAAACUGCGCCACGCUCUGGAGACUGACGCAGCGCCUUUGACAUGUAUGGACGACAAUACGGAGGACAAAGCUGCAGCAGAGAACCCAGAUGUGUCAGACAAAGAGGAAGAAGAGCUCUCAGAGUUCACAAGCCUAUUCCGUGGAAUAGCAGACAGCCUCCAGGAGGCUGAAUCAGAGACAGCCGAGGCUGGUGAAGACCACUCAACUCCGCUGGAGGAAGAUCUGAUCAGGGUUAGGACUCUGGAAGAUAUGGAGCUCCUCAGUCAGGAGAAUUUACCCAGUGGCGAAGCAGCUGCUCCACCUCAGCAGCCCCCAGACACUGCGGCCCUGUCCUCUGCAACUGAAAAGACGGGCAAGAACAGAAAGAGGAAGCGAGGGAUCGAGCUGAAAGAGGUUCUCACAAAAGGGACUGAAGUCAUUAAAGUCCCUCUCAUUCCAACCACUGAGGACAAUGAGGACAAUGAGGACACUGAGGACCGUGAUGACGGGCUGGACCAGAGUGGACUCAUUAAAGAGGCCUUCGCUGGAGAUGACGUCAUCUCAGACUUCCUUAAGGACAAGAGGAAGCAGGAAGAUGCAGGGAAGCCUAAGGUGGUUGACCUGACCCUUCCUGGGUGGGGCGAGUGGGGAGGGACGAGCCUUAAGCCAUCCCGCCACAAACGCAGGAGGUUCAGGGUAAAGACGGCGCCACCUCCACCCAGGAAAGAUCGCCAUCUGCCCAGCGUCAUCAUGUCGGAAAAGAGAAACUCCUCCAUCAGCCUCCACCAGGUGAGCUCGCUGCCCUUUCCCUUUGAGAACCACGCACAGUUUGAGAGCACCAUCCGCUCUCCGCUGGGACGCACCUGGAACACUGAGCGGACGGUCAAAAAGAUCAGCAUGCCGAAGGUGGUCACCCAGAUGGGCGCCAUCAUCGAGCCCAUGGCCCGGGAGGAGCUGCUGAAGGAGAGGAAGCAGGUGCCCACUGACCGUUACCGUAGAUGAUGGGAACGAACGGGUGAAGUCUAAUAAAAUGAUUCUCCACUGCUCACACAGUCGGCUGCUUUAAUCCUUCUGAAUUGUGUAUUUGACGACGCAUUUGAUGGCCUUUGACGUUACGCUGUGUUUAAUCAAGUAUAUGAAGUAAACUGUAGUGAUGGGUUUUUGAAAUAAAUGGUUGCAGGCUUGUGAAUUAAA